CUUUCUGCAAAGAUCUUCCUUCCAUUUCCUUCCCUUCUUGGCAUGUCCUCGUGGCUGGCGCGCUUUCGCGCCGCCGCGCCACCCAUGGAGGUGGCGCAGGCCUGGUGGGACGGGCUCAGCGACGCAGAGCGCCGCCGCGCAGAGGACGACGCCGGCGCCGCGCGGGCGGAGCUCCGACAGCGGAUCGUGGCUGCGGGGACGACGUGCGAGGAGGUGCGAAGUGAUGCCCAGAAGGGCUACAUCUUCACCGCGGCCGUCCUGAGAGCUGCUGAUCAGUUGCUGAAGAUUCCUCCUCCCAAAGCGGGUGGAACGCUUCGUGGUGCCGCCAGUGGUGAUGGCGCGCCCUUGGGGCCCCGCUGCGUGCUGGACGGCGGAAGGCCCGGCACGCUGGGUCUUUGGUGGAGUGAUUUCCAGACCGCUUCCAGGCCCUAUGAGUUGCUGGAGCUGGGCAUCACCCAUCGCCUGAACAUGGCGGCAGAAGUGGUGCGGAAGUUUCCGGCAGCGGAUUCGGAGCCGCGCAUCCUUCAUGUGCCCAUGCGAGAUGCCUUCAGUAACGAGAAGGAGGUGAAUGAGGGUUGUGUUGAUGAAUGGGCUGAACAACUGGGUGAAGCACUCCAGAUCCUUCGAAGUUUGCGCGACGAAGGUGCUCGCGUCAAUGUGAGCUGCCAAAUGGGUAAGAACCGCAGUGCAGCAGCAAUCUUAGUUUGGAUGUGUAGCGAAUGUGGGUGGAAGCUGAACACGGCGGUCGAACACCUGCGUUCCAUCACUGCCUUGGCGUGUGGAAACCCGUAUUUGAUUGAUGCAGUGGGGAAGUUCUUGCAGGUCGAGGUGGAUGUGCCGCUGAAUGAGGCUGGAGACGAUGGCCAUUGGAUUUGCAUCUCCCCACCGGGCACCCCGCGCGCCGCCGACGCGGCCGCCGACUGGCACGUGGCCGAUCCGGCCGCGAACGGUGCGGGCGGGAGUGGGGAGGUGAGGACUGAAGAGGUGGAAGAGGUGGAAGAGCCCUUGGAGGCUUUGUUCGAAGGCUUGUAGCCCAAAAGAAGGGUGAUGUGGCGCGAUGUGGUGAGGGCAAAGUAGAUGAGACGCACUGGGCUG